AUGGAAAAUAUCCAAAGCGCAAAAGCUUUCAUCGAUCAGUCGCCGGAGAACAACGACGUGACUGCUGGCGCCAACAUGCAGCUCUCUGGUACGCAACGUUCUGAAGUCUCCGACUAUCUCACUGCAAUCGAGAAGAAAGAUCCUGACUUCUUCGCCUAUAAUGAAGAUACAUGGAAGAUAGUUGAACCUGGCACCAUGGCAUCGGGCAACUUCAUUGAAGGUGGAAGUGAUAUCUCUGUGAUGGUACGCCCUCCGAAGCAUCAAUAUAAUCGAGUUUUUACGGUGUUCGAGAAAUUGACCAUCGUGUUUGAUAUGCCCAUGGCUUUGAGGAGGCUUGAGAGGCUAGCUUAUGCUAACGAUGCGUAUGUUCGCCUUCUCUCCAUUAACAGCGAUCUUAUAUACACUGAGGUAGUUGAUGCAUUCGCUCCCACGGACGACCACUCUAUCUAUAAUGAGGUAAUUGAGCCCUUCGCUCGCACCAACAACGAGCCACGUGCCUGGCAAUCUCUCCAAAAAUUCGAAGACGAAUAUGUUUGUAGAGAUCUCAAUACACUCAUCUACAAUGCCAAUGUACUCCGAGAACACCUUACACGAGACGCUACGGAAAGCGUUGACCCCUGGAGUAAUAUCACUUUCGAUGUUGUCAUUUACGCCGCAGAGAAAUGCAGGGAGGAGAAAUGGAACGUUGUCACCCUUGCACUUGCACCAGUAGUCAAGAUGCCUUAUGAAAUCGGCUUCUACACCUUCAAGCCAGCACACGAGUAUUUGGAUUGGGCCGGCCAGCCUACUUACAAGAAGCUGCACAACGAAGAUACCGAGAAAGGACAUGGAGAGGGGAAGCUGGAGAUGGUGAUGAAAUCCAAGAAAGAAUUUGACGAAUUCGACGCUUCCAGCAUUCAUGUGGACACAGAGAUUGGCGCAGACGACCCCGCAGUUCAUUGA